CUCUCUCCUCUUUCUCUCUUGCUCCCUUCCUCCCUGUAACUGAACAGUGAAAAUUCACAUUGUGGAUCCGCUAACAGGCACAGAUGUCAUGUGAAAACGCACAUGCUCUGCCAUCCACACCGCCUUUCUUCCUUUUCUCUCUGUUUCCUUUUUUUUCCUUGCUCCUUCUCCCUCUUCUUUGUAACUAACAAAACCACCACCAACUCCUCCUCCUGCUCCUGCCCUUCCUCCUCUUCAGUCCAAGUGAUCACAAAAGAAAUCUUCUGAGCCGGAGGCGGUGGCAUUUUUAAAAAGCAAGCACAUUGGAGAGAAAGAAAAAAGAAAAACAAAAGCAAAACAAAACCUAGGCACCAGCCAUUCAGCACAUUUUUUUCACCCUUCCUGAAAACAAACAAACAACCAAACAACCAUCAAAACAGUCACCACCACCAUCAUCAAAACUGUUAACAUAGCAGCGGCAGCAGCGACAAACGUCACCCUCCGGCCACGGCGUCCACCUAAAGGGAUGGUUUUCCGGGUGGAACAGCUCUUCGCCGACCACCUACUUCACUUGUGCUGAGAGGGAUUUUUGGGCUCUCCGGGGUUUGGGCUGGGAGCAGCUUCAUGACUACGAGGAGCGGAGGAGCGGCCACACCAUGCGAGCACAAAUUGAAGUGAUACCAUGCAAAAUUUGUGGCGAUAAAUCCUCUGGGAUCCACUACGGAGUCAUCACAUGUGAAGGCUGCAAGGGAUUCUUUAGGAGGAGCCAGCAGAACAAUGCCUCUUACUCCUGCCCAAGGCAGAGAAACUGUUUAAUUGACAGAACCAACAGAAACCGUUGCCAACACUGCCGACUGCAGAAGUGUCUUGCUCUAGGAAUGUCAAGAGAUGCUGUGAAGUUUGGGAGGAUGUCCAAGAAGCAAAGGGACAGCCUCUAUGCCGAGGUGCAGAAGCACCAGCAGAGGCUGCAGGAGCAGCGGCAGCAGCAGAGCGGGGAGGCAGAAGCCCUCGCCAGAGUGUAUAGCAGCAGCAUCAGUAACGGCCUCAGCAACCUGAACAACGAGGCCAGUGGCACUUAUGCCAAUGGACAUGUCAUCGACCUGCCCAAGUCUGAGGGUUACUACAGCGUGGAUUCCGGUCAGCCGUCCCCUGAUCAGUCAGGACUUGACAUGACUGGAAUCAAACAGAUAAAGCAAGAACCUAUCUAUGACCUCACCUCCGUACCCAACUUGUUUACCUAUAGCUCUUUCAACAACGGGCAGUUAGCACCAGGGAUAACAAUGACUGAAAUCGAUCGAAUUGCACAGAACAUCAUUAAGUCCCAUUUGGAGACUUGUCAAUACACGAUGGAGGAGCUUCACCAGCUGGCUUGGCAGACACACACCUAUGAAGAAAUUAAAGCGUAUCAAAGCAAGUCCCGGGAAGCACUGUGGCAGCAGUGUGCCAUCCAGAUCACUCACGCCAUCCAAUAUGUGGUAGAGUUUGCAAAGCGAAUAACAGGCUUCAUGGAGCUCUGUCAAAAUGAUCAAAUCCUCCUUCUGAAGUCAGGUUGCUUGGAAGUGGUUUUAGUGAGAAUGUGCCGUGCCUUCAACCCAUUAAACAACACUGUUCUGUUUGAAGGAAAAUAUGGAGGAAUGCAAAUGUUCAAGGCCUUAGGUUCUGAUGACCUAGUGAAUGAAGCAUUUGACUUUGCAAAGAAUCUGUGUUCCUUGCAGCUGACUGAGGAAGAGAUUGCUUUGUUCUCCUCUGCUGUUCUGAUAUCUCCAGAUCGAGCCUGGCUGAUAGAACCAAGGAAGGUCCAGAAGCUUCAGGAAAAAAUUUAUUUUGCACUUCAACAUGUGAUUCAGAAGAAUCACCUGGAUGAUGAGACCUUGGCAAAGUUAAUAGCCAAGAUUCCAACCAUCACGGCAGUUUGCAACUUGCACGGGGAGAAGCUGCAGGUAUUUAAGCAAUCACAUCCAGACAUAGUGAAUACACUCUUUCCUCCGUUAUACAAGGAGCUCUUUAAUCCUGACUGUGCCACCGUCUGCAAAUGAAGGCGACGCGAGAACUGUCUCAUAGUCAUGGAAUGCAUCACCAUUAAGACAAAAGCAAUGUGUUCAUGAAGACUUAAGGAAAAUGUCACUACUGCAACAUUAGGAAUGUCCUGCACUUAAUAGAAUUAUUUUUCACCGCUACAGUUUGAAGAAUGUAAAUAUGCACCUGAGUGGGGCUCUUUUAUUUGUUUGUUUUUGAAAUGACCAUAAAUAUACAAAUAUAGGACACUGGGUGUUAUCUUUUUUUUAAUUUUAUUCAGGUAUGUUUUGGGAGACAACUGUUUAUAGAAUUUUAUUGUAGAUAUAUAUGAGAACAGAGCAGUACUUUACAUGAUUACUUUUCCUGUUGAUUGUUCAAAUAUAAUUUAAGAAAAUUCCACUUAAUAGGCUUACCUAUUUCUAUGUUUUUAGAUAGUUGAUGCAUGUGUAAAUUUGUAGCUGUCUUGGAAAGCGCCGUGCGUGUAUGUAAUAAGUAUAUAAUAUCUGAGAAUAUUAUAUAUGACUAUUACUUAUACAUGCACAUGCACUGCAGCUUAAAAUAACAUACCUACUAGCAAAGGAGGUUCAGUCAGGCUCUCUUAUGUUAUUUACCUUCUGUCUUGUAUGUUACCUUUAUGUUAGACAAUCAGGAUUUUGUUUUCCCAGCCAGAGUUUUCAUCUACAGUCAAUAGCAGAAUGGUACCAAUUCAGAAAUAAGUCUACAAAGGAAUAAAACAUCAUGCAUGGCAUCUGUAUUAAAAACUCUUAUUUUGAUCAAUGACAUCAAAGCCUUGUCAAGAUGGUACAUUUUGGAGAAAAAGUAAGUAUUUGGAGCCAUUUUCCUGUUUUAAGAAUUAGGCCACAGAUAACAUUGUGGAGUCCAGGGCUUUUUUGACCAAACAACAGAUAUUUCCUAUUUUUCACCAGGACACAUAAAAUACUUUUUUCUUUGGAUUUCAAGUUGUGAAAGAAACUUGAUUUUGGUGCUUAUUGUGUCUUCAACAGAGGAAUACAGUCUGUAGAUUAUGACCACCAGCAAUUUUUUCUAAUUAGAGUAAGAGUGUCAGGGUCCUAAUGCCAUUUUUAUGUAAAAAUUUUCUCUCUAACCAUUUAUUUUUUGCAAAGAAAAGACAGAAAAAGAAUAUACGAAGUAAAGAAGUAGCUCUUUGUAUUCCUUCUUCUUAAUAAGUCUGUUAGAAAAAGCAGCAAUAAAAGGGGAGGCAGUACUUUUUAAUGUGCUUCUAGUCUGAGGCCUCAAUUUUUUCAACUCCAAAAUACUGUAUUAUAAAAAUAUGGCAAAAGCUUGAUAGAUUAACAUAAAAGAUCUAGGUUAUUCUACAGAAUUAAGAACCCCAAAGCCAAAACUAUUUCCUGUGCAAUUUGAAAUUGCAUCAUCCAUCUCUCCUGGGCUUCUUUAGUAACUUUCAACAGUCGAGAGAAUGCAAGAGGUGAGGUGAGGAUUGGACAGUUGUGACUUCCUAGUACAAGUCCUGCUCUCCAAUCUGAGUGAUCACCAGAGGAGCAUGAAUUGCAAGGAGUUUGUUCUGCCUGUGAUCUAGAGGCCUGAUGCCUUUGGUCUUAGCUGAUCCAAAAUAAGAUUUCUUUAAAGGGAGCUAGAGAAGAGCUUUGUGUAUAACAAUGAAAACUAUGACCUCCUCUAAACAUAGCCUGGCCAUCAACUCAUGAGGAUUUGCCCUUUUCUCCUUGUCUAAUAUACAUGCACACACAAAUGCAUACCUGAUUUAUUAAGUUGCCAGUAGUGGACAGUUUGACCUUUUUUAAUCUCUUACACUGUCCUGAAGUUAGAUGGUUAGAUUGCCAUGAUGCUACAGAACUGCACAUUGAUGAUCAAACAGUAAUGUUUGCCUUUUCUGUUAGAAAACAGUCUUCGCAUCUCAUGAUUGAUGAAUUCCAAACCAUUGGGGAUAAACAAAAAAGGCUUUAAAAUAAUGAAUCUCUUUCUCAACUACUGUUAUAUUCAAUUAAUUUAACUACAUUGAACCAAAUUACCUUCAGUGUCUAGGAAGACAGCUGUAGACUGCUUAUUAUGCUGCUACAGGGACUCAAUUCUUUUUGGUGUAAAUGUCACUCCUGUUAGCUCUUUGUAUAAAGAAUUAAUUCCAAGAGUCAUAUUUCCUUCUAAUGAAAAGAUUACUUUACUGAUUGCUAGGAAAACAGGGUAAUGGAAGGCACUCAAUUAAACGAAGCCAUUUCCAAAUGCAAUGUAUGUUUUAUGAUUGGCUUGCGAUAGGCGAUGCUUAAUGUGUCUACUUGGUGUUUCCCUUUGAGCUUUGAACUUAUGUCAAACUUUGUUUUCAUUGUUCUGUUGGCCUAGUGUUUCCCAUUGUCAGCCUGUAAUUCCAGCUCAGUUGCAAAGGGAACCAUUUGUUUCCUCCAAUUUACCUUAGAGGAUUUAAAUUGGCUCAAUUGAUGAAGUGGCUGAGAAUUUUUCCUUCCUUGUCCCAUGGGUGAUGUAGGAAAAAGAUUGUCCUCACAUCUGCCUCAAGAGGUAAUGAAUUUGAAUUUGCGUCGUUUCCACUAGUGCAGGCAUUUCACUGAGAUGGCAUGAACCUUUUGAAGCGAGGGGACAGGAAACAGCUAGCACCUGAACCCAGAACAAAACAGUGGAAACCAGUACACACUCAGCCCCCUUCAGUUGAGAAGAGAGAUUUCCAUUUUUCACCACAGUUUCCAAAUCUGUCCCAUGAAAGAAAGCCAAGCCAUGUUUUCAGUAGUAACAAAAUCACCUUUAAGAGCUGCCCUUUGAACAUCUCCUAUGACUACAUCUCGAGAUAAGAACAACUUUCUUUACCACAUAGAAUUUUUGCUCCUUCCCCAGGAAGACUCCCCAGUGUUCACAACACAUUCAUGAUAACAUGUGCACUGCAAGAAAGGACCCAUGACCUGUAGUUUUCAUUCAUGCUUCGUAAAUGACAAUCACUGCUUGAUGCAGAUGUUGCACUCUAUCCACUCAGGGAUGUUUAGUUUAAAAAAAAAAAAGAAGAAGAAGAAGUACAUCAAGAAGGAGGGGAAAAAAAAAAACAGGAAAAUGACAACAAACCAUAAAUGGCAUAAAUUAAAUAUGCCAGUGAGAGAACCACUCUGACAAGGCUUUCAGACCAACAGCAGUAACUUUAUGUUGAAAGCUGAAUUCUCUUUUAAACUUUGGACUUGCUGAAAAGUUGCUUACAAGUAAAAAACAACUUAGUCUCACUUUCUAAAAUCUGCUAAGAGCCAAAUGAUCCAGCUGCCCCAUUUAUAAGAAUGUGUACCUCCCAGAGAACCCAAGCUUCCUAAAAAAGCCCUGAGCAAGAGGCCUCAGUGGCAUUAGAUGAAGCUGACAAGGGAGAUGGGGGGGGGGGGGGGUCUGUAAAAGGACAGGCAAAUUUUGGAGGUAAUAUAGGAUAAUAAGGGGUUCCACAUCUGGCUUAGUAUCUCACAUCUACCCCUCUUGUCCAGGUCUGGAGUCCUCUCUUUUCUGCAGCUCCUUUAUCCCCAAAGACUGAAAGCUGAAGGUGGGAGACAUACUUGGCAAACUAACCCUUUCUGGAUUUCCCAUUUUUUAAUUCUGUCUCCAGGGCUCUGGACUAAAGGACCACUGAGUAGAUAAAAACAGAGAAUAUAGUGGUCUCUUGGAUAAUGAGAUGGCCUUGAUAGAAUCUAAGAGAUCUAAAUCACAGUGAAUUCUGGAUAUUAACAGUAGGUGCCAGGGGGACAUCCAUACCAAUUCCUUUCAUAGGUGCCUGUUCAACACACAGCUUCACGGUAGUCGAGCUAAACUGCAGACAACCUCGCACUGAGAUAGUCAACUCACACCCACCUCUGAGGUCCCCUGUGUACCAGAUCUGACUGCAAAAGCAAUUCUUGUGUCCAAAAGGUACAACUUACCAGCUUUUUUCAAAAACAUCAGUCAGAUGCAAAUGAUGUCAGUUUUGUUCCAUGUCCUUUGUUUCCAUUUAUUAUAGAAGCAAGGAAAAAUUCUGCUGCUGUUGGAAAUGAGAAGAAAUCACUUUUUCCAGACUCUUUUUUUUUUCCUCCAUAAACUUUUGUCUCCAAUGAAGUUAUUACAUUGGCAGUAAAUUCAGGCAAGAAUGUCUAUUCCCUGACAGAACCACCAUUCAGUAGAACAGCAAUAAGUUUAAAGUGUACAUCUGCAGUGUAACUUUGCACAAAUCCCCCUAGAUUAAAAAGAGGGAAAGUCCACCAUCUGCUUUAGAUGAAGUGGCAUUUGAUUUUGUUUCCAAGCACUAGUACAAGCAGCAACCUGAUAUGGGAAACCAUGUGGGUCUUUAGACAAGAGAUGACAGCCAUUUGGCACUGAUAGUAAGGGACUGUCUCAGGAUCAGAGAUACAUAUUCGUUUAAAGCUAAGGUGAAAAAUUCAGAAGUCUGAAAAAUCCAGAGGGUUGAUGCAGAUGAGUGAACCAGUCCAGUGGCAAACUAGCAAAGAAAUGCCUAACUAACUGAAAAGGAACGUUCAAUAGUCAAAACUGAAGCUGAGGGGUUGCUAAGGUUUCUAAAUCUUAUGUAAUCUCUUGAGUUUUAAAUGUCAGUUGAUUCAGAGUCUAGUGCAGACCAAUCUCUGGGCAGAAGGUGGUCACUUGCAGUCCCUGGUUUAAAGCAGAAUACAAUCAAGGGGCCUGUUUGGCUGGAAGAGGCUGGCCAGAUACAACUCUGGAUGGAUGAUAUUAGCAUCGGAGGGGUUAGGGGUAGGUGAUCCUGCCCUUCUGAUAUUCAACUUGGUUUUGAUAUUUGAGUAUCACUACUAGAGGAUAUGGUAAGAGGUCAGUUGAAAAAAAUGGCAAACAGUCUAAAAAUGAAAAUGAUUUAAUUUUAUAAUGAAUUCUGUGACACUUCUGUUUUGACCAAACUUCCAGCUUCAUAGAGCCAGAUGAUUAGAUUUCUUGCUGCUUUUUUCUGAAAGUCCAAUGCACGAUUUUUAUGCUUUUGAGUCUCAGUGUGUUUUUUCAAAUGUGUGGCUUCAAUACCCCCAAGUUUUAAUUUCCCCUCAGUUUGUAUCUACAGAAUUUAUUCGAUAGUCACAAUAUUGUAGUCUGAAGUGUGGGACCACGGAUUCCUAUGCAGCAGAUGGGGGUUGGCUGUUCGUGCACUUUUUUCCUAAGCUGCUGAAAUUCCUCCGAACUGAAUUGGCCAUAGUAAUCUUAGCCUCCUGCAUGACUGUAAGCACGACCUCCAGUGGAUCAGAAAAAGCAGCUCAGUGAUUGUUCUUAUGGCCAAAAAUAAAGCACAAGGUUACUAGAAUUGAAUAAACCCCGUUGAGGAAAGCCCAGGGAAUGUGCAUCCCUGCUGGGCAGCAUGAUCCUUAUAAUAAACAAUACUCUCCGGAUGGUGGCUGAUGAAGGGCAUUCACCUGCCUCGGUCACGGCCAGAUGCAGAUACACAUUAGGUAUGUCUGAGACACACCAGUUCCCACUUCCAAGCACAGUACCGUCUGCUUCAUCUGAUUAACACACACACAGGAAUGAAAACUCCACCUACAGAAAACUGAGUAUGUAUUGUAGAAAUGUAGAGGAAAAAAAAAAUAUUUUUUCAAAUGUAAUUACUUUUAAUAUAUGCUUGUGGAAGGUCUAAUACGAUGUAUGCUGUCUCUGUAAUUUUUGCUGUACAUAACUAGAGACAGUGAAUACACUGAUUUUUCUAUGUCUCUGUUUAAGCAUAAGACUUUGUAACAAUUUUUUUAGAGGGGAAAAAAAAAACCAACAAAAAGCAAAUAUGUACUUGCUUCCUUUCUGCGUGUUACGUACGCCUCAGAAACUGGUUGUAAACGUUUAAGCAUCUUGACGGGUCAUUGGUGUUAAGUGUACGUUACUUUUUGUAAGACAGCUGAGAAAGGGACAGGGCUGUCAUUUAAAAUCUGCUCCAAAGAAUUUGUAUUGAAGAUUGGCCUAAGACCUGCAAACUCUAUCUGAACUAGACAAUAUGAAAAAGUUAAAAAAAAAAGAAGUUGCCUGAGUAAGUCAUCUUUCCUUGUAGCAAAUGG